CGGCAAGAUUCUCUCCAGGGAAAAUGGCAGAUGCGUUGAACCAACGGAGAGCCGUAGCAAUGCAAGUAAUAGAUGACUUCAUAGAAACUUGGCAUGCGCCACUCCAUGCCUACAUCGAAGAGGAGAAUCAUAUGCCUAAUCUACAAGUUGCGAUCAACAGACUUGAUCUAAUGAUCAACCAACUUGCGGAUCCUGCCGUUACUGCCGGAGGUGUUGCGGUUGAAGUAUUGAACGAAGAGGAAAAGAAUGAAGUGAGAAAUGUGGCGAUUGCGUCAGUAAUGCACAUUCGUAGUCGGGUUCCGUUGAUUCGAAACUACAUCAACGGGGCGUAUAACAUUGAUAAUCUAGAGAAUGCCAUCGACCGUCUCGAAACAAUCAACCAAGAUCUUGUAGCUGCUGCUGUGCCCUGAGGUUUUUAGUGUUCUCUGUUUCUCUGUUGUGGACCAUCCCUUGUUCAGCCUAAACCAUAAAUAAUGACCUGAGGUUUUAGCGUUCUUUGUUUGUCUGUUGUUGUGGACCAUCGAUCCCUUGUUCAGCCUAAACCAUAAAUAAUGA